AUGAUAAUUGAUACACUACAAGAACAAAUAAAGAAGAUAGAAUGUACCAAAUCUUACGCAAGUGUCGCCUCCACUCCUGCUCUGUCGAAAACGCCGAUUCGACCUCAUACUCCUAAGAAUGUUCCUCCGGUACUUAUGAAGCCAGAAAAUGUGCAAGAUGCGGAAGUUACUAAAGCCGAUCUUCAAUCAAAAAUUAAUCCGAGUGAAUUGAAUAUUAGCAUUAAUUCUGUUAAGACCGCGAAAAAUGGGGUUGUGGUAAUAAACUGUAGUAGCGAACAAGAAUACCAGAAAUUAUUGCAAACUAUACAAGAACAAGACACUGAGGAAAACUACACAGUGAAGCUGCCACGAAUGAAGAAACCUAGGUUCAAGAUUAUAAUGUCAACAGCAAGCAACGACAUGGAAGAAAUAUCGAACUGUUUGAAACAACAGAACCAGUUUAUUCAAGAUGACGAUGAUCUCAAUAUAACAUUCAUCAAGCCAAUAAGAAACAACAAAUCUAUCGUCUUUGGUGAAUGCUCUGGAGACCUUUUUGGAAGACUAAUGGCAUACAAAAAGGAAGAACAAACAUGUGAUAGAUACUCCUAUUGAUCGGCCAUCACAAUAUUUCCUCAACGAACUGACGGAAAGCACGACUUCCGAGUAUGGAACCCUCAGCUCAUCAGUUACGCUGCUUACAGACAACCAGAUGGCUCCGUGAUAGGCGAUCCCAUCAACGUAGAAUUCACAGAGCUCUGCAUCAAAUUAGGCUGGAAGGGCACAGGAGGAAAAUGGGACAUUCUGCCACUAGUUUUGAGUGCUAAUGGGCAUGAUCCUGACUAUUUCGAUAUACCGAGAGAGUAUGUUUUGGAGGUUCCUCUCUCCCACCCCACGUACAAAUGGUUUGAAGGCCUUGAACUGAAAUGGUAUGCAGUGCCAGCAGUCUCUAGUAUGAUGUUCGACUGUGGAGGAAUCCAAUUCACAGCAGCACCUUUCAAUGGAUGGUAUAUGAGUACAGAAAUCGGUUGUAGAGAUCUUUGUGAUACACAACGAUUGAAUAUGUUAGAGACUAUCGCGUUGAACAUGGGUCUAGACACAAGAACGCCUGUUACCCUCUGGAAAGACAAAGCCUUAGUAGAAGCCAACCUAGCCGUUCUCUACAGUUUUCAGCAGAAAGAAGUCACCAUCGUAGACCAUCAUACCGCAUCUGAGUCCUUCAUGAAGCACCUGGAGAAUGAAGUCAGGCUCCGAAAUGGUUGCCCUGCUGAUUGGGUGUGGAUAGUGCCUCCAUUGUCAGGUUCCGCUACUCCUGUGUUCCAUCAGGAGAUGGCAUUAUAUUAUUUGAAGCCGUCAUACGAAUAUCAGGUUGUCGAGAGAGCGAAUACUGCUUUGCCAGGAUCUCCUCAGACUCAAAGUAUUGCUAAAAUAACGAUAGAAAGCAUCAAUUUGAAAGUGCCACAUCUCACACCCAACGAUGACAUAAAGUUGCAGUUGUUGACACGUAUCAAAGCAGAUGAGCCUAUGAUGAUACCGUUUCGCCGAUGGGAAUUGCACGAGCUACCAGCACUCACACAAGGAUCUACCAUAGAAAUCUGGUCCGUCAAGACAUGUUCUGCAUUGGACAGUCCAAGAUAUGUUAUAGUAUUUUUCCAAACGAAAAAAGCCGAUAAUUUGCAUGAAGACGUCACCUUGUUCGAUAAUGCCAACAUCAAAUCCAUACGAUUGGCUCUGAAUAGCGACUAUUAUCCGCAAGAACGAAUGCUAUUGGACUUUUCCCGAGACCAAUAUGCUGACGCUCACUUCAACUAUACAGAGUUCAACAAGAGCUACCAUAACUGUCAAGAAAAGCGCUCUCUAGUAAACUUUGCCGAAUUCAAAUCCCGACCAAUGUUUGUUAUCGAUUGCUCGAGGCGCCAUCUAGGCAUGAAGUCGUCUACAGUUGACAUAAACUUCAAUUUUCUCGGGAUCAUUCUAACAGGUUACAAUAGGGCCAUCAUGGCCCGUCCAACAUCAGUAUCCAGGUAA